UCCCCUCCUUCAAUUCUCAAAAACGCUAGUGACGGUACAAGUUUAUGCAUCACGACACCUAUCGAAAUUUAUCGAACUUCGACCCUCGAACUAUUACUAAUUCGAUUGGUAAUACUGGUUGAACGAAGAUGGCCGACUUCGGCCGACUUCUGUUGCGCAGAAGUCGUUUGUAACGUAUAGGAAUGCCACUCGUAGCGCUACUGUCCACAUGUUAAAUUUGAAUUUGAAUUUAAUAUUUUCCUGACAAUCAAAGACAAAAAUGGUUAUUCAUGGAUCUGACAUCUCGUUAUUUAUCGGCUAUGAUGUGAACUCGGCCGUUGAUCGAAAAUUGUAGUGACAGCCAAUGAAAUGACAGAGCACAUGUUUGAAUUUGAAAGCCAAGCUAUCACAACCGCCAGUAUUUUCUAGGUAGCGGUGGCACGCGAUUCUGCUGGGGAAAAAAAAGAUGUUACAAGUCAUUUAUGUGUUAAAAAUGUACAAAGUUUGAAGAAACAUCGUGGAGUAAACGUGCGUGAUAAAUAAAUGCUGGAAAUAUGUCUGACAGUAUUAAAGUUGCUAUCAAAGUUAGGCCCCUCAUUAAACGUGAGAGGGAAGAAAACCUGCCCAUACAAUGGGAGGUCCAGGAAAAUCGUAUCUACUCCGUCGAUCCAGAGACAAAACGACGGGGAGAUUAUUCAUACGUUUUCGAUCACAUAUUUGACACAGACACUGGGAAUCCCCAGGUUUACAAUACUACUGUGAGACCAAUUGUAGAUGCAGCGGUUAAUGGAUUCAAUGGUACGAUAUUUGCCUACGGACAAACAAGUUCUGGAAAGACAUAUACCAUGAUGGGUACACAAGACGACCCUGGAAUCAUACCUUUAGCGGUUGAAAACAUGUUUGAUUCCAUUGCCAACACCACAGAUCGAGAAUUUUUGUUGCGUGUAUCAUACUUGGAAAUAUACAAUGAAAAAGUAAACGACUUAUUGCAUAAGGAUGGAAUAGAUCUUAAAAUUCAUGAAGACUGUAAUGGACAUGUUGUCGUCAAAUGCAAAGAGGAGGUGACCAACUGUCCUCAAAAUGUAUUGGCCAUUAUGAAAAAAGGUGACAAAAGGCGGAGGAUCGGGGAAACAAACAUGAACGAACGAAGUAGUCGUAGUCAUACUCUUUUCAGGAUUACUAUUGAAAGCCGUGAUGCAAAGUCCGAUGCAGAUGGUGCUAUUCAAGUUUCGCAGUUAAAUUUAGUAGAUUUGGCAGGGUCAGAGAGAGCUCGUCAAACCGGAGCAACCGGUGAUCGAUUCAAAGAAGGUAGACACAUAAAUUUAUCUCUAUCUGCAUUGGGAUUGGUCAUUAUGCAGCUUAGUGAAGCUCAGGAACACGUCAAUUUUCGAGAUAGCAAACUGACCAGAAUUUUACAAGCUUCUCUGGGUGGCAAUGCAUUGACAACCAUCAUUUGUGCAGUUACUCCAGCAGCUCUUGAUGAAACUCACUGUACACUAGCUUUUGCAUCUCGAGCAAAGAGUAUUAAGAACAAACCUCAACUCAAUGAAGUUAUGUCAGACGCAGCGCUCUUGAAGCGAUACAGCAAACAGAUAGCUAAACUCAGUGCAGAGCUUGAGAAAGCAAGGCAGGUGAACCGGUGCGCAGAAGUUGAGGAAAUGGAGACAAAGUUACAGGAAAAAGAAAGGCUGAACGAACUACUAGAGGAUCGAAUGCAGUUGCUGAAAACAAGAAUUGUAUCAGGUGCUAAUUCUGUAGAAAAUGUUGACUUCAAGAACAAAUCACGACGCAGACGAACAUGGGGUGGUCCAACAAUUCCUUGCUCGCUCAAUCACAGCUUGGCCUUACCCACUAUACAAGAAAUAGACUCUACAGACGAUUCACGUUCAAAUUGGAAGAGAUCCCAGGUCAAAAAACGACAGAGUAUAAUACAAACGCCAGUUGAUGAUAUUGUGAACGAGGGUUUCCAAACUCAGGUAGAGGACUUUGAACUUGAACUGAUAGAGAGUGAAAGAAACUGGGAAACAGGAAGAUUUUCAUCGGAGAGUCUAGAUUUGGAAGACAAUUAUUAUAUCACAAAGCGAAAACCUAGCGGAAAUCAUGUCAAAUUUAGGGAGGACGUGUCGGUAUUAGAAAACAGUUUCUCUGACAGCUUUGUCGAAAACUCUGAACCUCAAACUCCACCUCGAAGACAUGAAGAAACUGACUCUGGAACACCAAAAGAAGUUCUCAGAGAAAGAAUAACUCAACUGGCCGAUGAAUACAUCCAAUUACGGGAAUUUACAACUUUGGAAAAACAACUUUACACCAAUGAAAAAAUUGAUGCAAAAGAUCAAGAUACUAUGGAAACUCUCAUAAGCCACUUGAAGAAAUCGGCUGCAGACAGUGAAAUGAUGUGUUUGGAAUCAAAUAAAAAGUACUCCGAUCUUCAGGACAAGUAUUACGAUUUGGAAGGAAAAUACAAUACUGCGCUACUAGAAAAUGACGUUCUAAAAAGACAACUUGAGUCGUUCACUGGAAUUGAGGAGAGACUUAAAUCCAUCGAAUUGGAGAAAAGUCAACUGAAAAAAGAUAUGGAGACAAAACUUCAGAGGUUGAAAAAUUUGGAAGAAGAGCGGAAUGAUUACGAGUUUAAACUGGAGCUAUUAGAAUCGAAGCAUAAGACACGGGAAAAAGAGCUCGAAACUUCCUUGCAGAUUGCGUGGACGGAGUUCAAAGACCCAGGUGAUGAUAAGAAGCUUCCCCACAUCAUUCAUUUGCAGACUUUAGUUGAUAGUUUGACCAAAGAAGUGCAAGCUUUGAAAUUGAAAUCCGAAUGUACUGAAGUAACGUUAGACAGCGACUUGUCAAUAGAGAAUGAAAUGAUGACAAAUAAACUAUCAGAAUAUGCGUUACUAUUGAAAAAUGCGGAAAAAGAAAAAGCGAAAUUGCUUAAAAAAUUGAAAGAAUUAAGGAGGUGUUCUGAUCACAAACCAAUUCUCGAACACGAUAUGUCAUUAAAUGAUCAUAAAGAUAUCGAAGUUUCUAAUGAGAGCCAAAACAGAGUCACCGAAAACACGAGCGUCAUAGAUGAUGUUUCUGAAAAAGUAGCUCAACCUAUUGGUGAUUUCACUAGCAUGUUACACCAGUCGAUUUCGAAUGGUGACCAAACUGCGAUUUUGCCCAUUGACAGUAUUCCUCCAAAAGUUGAAAACAUGAUGAAUGAAACUGAAAUAGAACCUGAAUUUCUUACGGCUGAUUUUAAUCAGCCAGCAGAACCUAGUUUUCAGACUGAGACUGCUGGUGACGACAUGAUACCGACAUCUAAUGAGCAAAUUACACCUUUGGAAGUACUGCAAUCACAAAUAAACGAAAAGUCCCAAACUAUAGCAAAACUUACAGAUUCGUUGCACGUGGCAUUGGAUGAAAAUAACAACAUCAAGUCCAGUUUAGAAUCUUUCCAAUCAACUAUCGAGCAGCAAAAGCUUGAGAUAAUUAAUCUUAAAGAACGUGUGGCUGCACUCGUGACAAGAGAACUUGAAGUUACAAGUCAGUACAACGAUGUUGUGUUAAAGCUCAGAGAAGUAUCAUCAGAUAAAGACGCUGUUAUCGAUGAAAAUACAACACUAAAGUCACAACUUUCUCUAGAUUGUGAUCAAUUGACAAAUAAUAAAACCAUAAUAGACUCUCUGCAGUCAGAUAUGGAUCAGUUGAAGCUAAAAUUGGAAGAGAAAAACCUAGAGUUCUUGAACAUGAAAGCCAAAGUUGAAGAACUUGAGCAGCUCAGAAUACGGGUUGAUCCUUGCCAUCAAGAGUCAACGGCUGACAAUAAAUUUCUGGAAGAUUUAAAUUUACGACAAGAGCUGGAAGUGACUAAGACUGAAUUGAACACGCGAGUCAAAGAAAUUGAAGAUUAUAAAUCAACAAUUACCAAUAUAAUGGAUGAAAUUACAAAGAAGUCAGACGAAAUCUCAACUCUAAAUGGAUUAAUAGUUGAACUGAAUGUGAAAAAUGAAGAUCUCCAACUGAAAUUUGAUUCUGUGAGCAAAGAGUUGGAUAGAAGGACUGAAAGUAUCCUGAACAUGUCCAACGGAAUGACCUGCACCCAGGAUGUUUUGGGAAAAAAAGAGGUUCAAACACUUGUACUGGUGCCCCCAGAAACUAACGAUCUUAUUCAACUUAAAAGUGAAGACAGUUGCACCACCAAAAUACAGUCAUCCGAAAAAACUCCGAUCAAAAACUCGGGGGGUGGAGAAUUUGAUGCACUAAAUUCGAGCGUGAAAACAGAUUUGCUAAUGAUAGCUGAUGAUACGAUCAGCAAUAUUGAAUCCAGUCGAGCUUUCCCAAACCUCUGCAACAAUGAUAACAAUCUUGUAGAACUGGUUACACAAAGUGAACAAUUCCAAGACGACCAGACCAGUGAUAAAAGGAAAGAGGAUAUCGAUGCACUCAAAAUUGAGGUAGACAGAUUGAUUUCGACAAAUGAAAUGCUUGUAAAUGAAAAUGCAGUUCUGAAAUCGCAAACUCAAGCACUUCUUGUACAAAUUGAAGAAUCAGAAAUACUGUCUCAAGGAGUUAAUCACGUUGAGAAAGAUUUAGUUAAUUCGGAAGCGAAAAUAUGUAGCCUUGAAAAGGCACUUGCAGAUCGAGAUGCAAUUUUGAAGGAAUCACAUGUUGAUAUUGAGAAAUUGGAACAUCAAAUCAUACGUAUGCAAAACGAACACACUUUAUACAUGGAUGAAAAAUGUGCAAUGCAAAAAAUGAUCGAGGAAAAUCAAUUGAAAUUGCAGCAGCUACCAAAAUUAGAAUUGGACAUAGAAGAUUUGAAGCAUGUAAAUGCGGAAUUUGAACGUAUCAACUUGGAAUUGCGUACAAACUUAAACGCAAAGUCCCUGGAACUUGAAUCGCUAGAAGUGCAUAAAUAUGAAAGUGAGAUACGGAACUUGAAAAGCUAUAUAGAAAACUUAGAACAUUUUAAUAAAAAUAUUACAGAGGAAAACGAUGAUCUCAAAAGUCAAUUGCAUAAUCGCUCAUUGAAUUUAGAGAACGAUUUAGCAAAUCUGAGUCAACGAAUAGUAGAGCAGGAAAAAGUUACACGCACUCUGGAACAAGACAAAAAGAACUUGAUGCACCGUAUUACAGAACUUUCAACUGUAAAAACUGAGGAAAUUGCUUCACCCACAUCUGACUUGGAAUCUAAGACAGAGUCUAGUGUAGAGAAAUCUCCUGAAGAUACAGCAGAUUUCAGCAGCAUAUUUACCAAUGCUAGUUAUUUUGAUGAAAUGGAUGUUCAAGCUUCAACUCCAGAAGAAAGUCCAACUAAUACAACGAUUUCCGCAAAUGAUACGCAAAUGUCCAGCGUGACAAACUUGAGAAAAAAGAUGGAAGAACUGCAACAUACCAACAAACGCUCAGAACUUAUGAACAAAGAUUUUUCUGAUAAAUUGUCAACAGGGGAAGUUGAUAUCCCAAACAAUGAAAAUAUCAGCAAGUUACAUGAAUUGAUAAAUGUGAAAAAGCUGCUUGAGGAAGAAAACUCUAAAAUAGCAACAGAACUUCGACUCAAAGUUCAAGAAUCUGAUGAAAUCAAAAAUGACGUCAAAGGAUUACGGUUGGGUAUUGAGAGACUGGAACAAACAAUUCACUUAUUAACAACAGAAAAUAUGGAAAUGUCUAGUAAACUCAAUAUGGAGAAAGAUCGUGCGAAAGAAGCAGAAACGUCGUAUCAGGGUCAAUUAGAGAAACUUUAUUCUCGUAUAUCUGAGACAACUCAAGAAAAGGUGCAGUUGGAAAGCGAACUCAAGAUUUGCCAGGAACUUUUGGACACUUUACGAGCAAAUACUCCUAUAGGUACAGAGAACGAAGUUAAGGAAAAGAUAGAGAAGUAUCAAGCCACAAUUGAUUCAUUGACGACGGAAAAUAUUGAACUGACCACAGACCUGAACAUUAAACAGAAGGAACUCGAUGAAAUCAAACAGAGUAAAGCUCUGCUCUAUGAUCAUGAUUGUUCAUACAAAGAGAAGGCUCAGCAGUUAGCAGAAAAACUUGAAGCUGUUAAUCAAGAAUAUAUUGAGCUUUCUGACAAUUUAAUGGAAACAAUCGAAGAAUCAGACAGUCUGAAACAUGCUUAUGAGUUGUUGGAGAAUAAACUGACGAUAUCCGUCAAGAAUCAAUUGUCAACAUCGAUCAAUUUUUCUAACACCGAAAUCACAGAACUGAAAGCACAAAAUAGCCAAUUGAAAUCGGAAAACCUUGAGCUCGUAGCCAAGGUGGCAAGCCUAUCGGAUGAAAAUACAAAAUUCGCAGACAAUUUGUUAGAAACUAUGGCCGCAUUAGACAGUAGUCGCCUACACCAUGAUCGACUUUCCAUUUCUGAUAAAUCUUUGGAUAAAUCGAUGCAUCUGUCUCGAUGGUCUGACAAGUCUACCCCACAAGGAGAUGACUCCACAACUGAGGAUAAUAUUGAGACUUUGAAAUCGAAAGUUGAGGCUUAUCAACAGCAAGUUGAUCAACUGACACGGUUGAAUAAAAAGCUUAGUGACUUGAAGCUAAGCUCCUGCACACAAUGUACCCAUUUGAAGGAAUUGAACGACAGUCGUAGAACAUUAAAACUCGAAGUACGAACACUGAAUCAUAAAUUGCAAGAUUUGCAGAAGAAAUUUGAACAAAAAUGUGCGGACACAGAGGUUCUACGUAACAAAGCAUGUGAGGAAUUGAAUCUAAGCAUUAUGUCUGACAUGAUGCUGAAUGGAAGUAUAUCUGAUAGCAUGAACGUGACCAUGGUGGAAGAAAAAGUGCAGUCCCUCAACAGUGAACUUGACACACUGAAAGAAAGUCAUGAUAAACUUUCAAAUUUAUAUCGAGAAAAAUGCAGUGAGGUUGACAGAUUUAAUGAAAGCAAUGCAGAAGAAUCGAUAUUUGAGGCUGAACCUGAAAUACCAUCUCCAAAGAAUUAUAAAGUAAGAAUCGAAAGAGUCCAAAAUGACAUUGAUAAAUUGAGAGGAGAGAUUCAGCUUCUUAAAAAACGUAACACAUCCCUUGCUGAAUCACUUCGUAAAUUUAUGGAUGAAAAAUCAAACCUGCAGACUGAAAUUGAAACAUUGAAAGCAUCCAAAGAGAGUCUGAACGUGAAAUACAAGAAUUCGGAAAUGCAAAUUGACUUGGCAAAUGAAAAAGCCAGCAUAUUAGAAAGUGAAGUUACAGAUUUAAAUAAGUUGAUAGAAUCGUUAAAAAUAAUUGAGCGGGAAGCGAUGAAUGACAAACUUAAUUUCGAAGUAGAAAUUGAAUCCUUGAAGACUGAGAAAAACAACAAUCGAAAAGUGCUCGAAGAGUUGACAAAUUCAUUAAAGUCUGAAAAGGAAAAUAACACCAUUCUCCAAAAGAGUUUGGAGGAGAUGUUAGAACAAAUCAAAGUUCUGAAACAAGAUCAUUUCAAGUCAAAAUAUUCCAGUCCACUCAAAAAGAUUGAAGAACCAAAGAUAAGUGAGACGAAUGAAACUGAUAACGUGAUGAAGAUCACUAUGGAAGAUAUGGAGCGUCAAUUAAUAAGACUUUCGGAGGAAAAUGAUUCGUUGCACAAUCAAUUAAAAGCUUUGGAUCAGAAGUUAGUCACCGAUAAAUCAGCGUUGUCAUCUGAUUAUAAGAGGCUCAAGGAUGAGCUUGAUACAGCAAAGGAAUACAUAACAAAAGAAAUUAGAUCGCUAAAACCUAAGCGCGAAUCGUCCGAUUCGUCAAACAAAACCGUUCAUGAACUCUUGGUAGAUUUUCUCAAAAUUAUUAUGAUGAAAGAACAAGAAAUCAUCAAGGCUGUGCAAGAUCGCUUCGACCAAGAAAAGCAAAGUUUAGAAGAAAGCAAACGUCAAAGCGUGAAUGCCGAAAAACGGAUCUCCAAUUGGGCCAAAGAGUUAGAAAAUGAUAUUGAAAAAUUACAGGCAGACUUGUUGCAUCAAGAAAAACGAAAUGAUAAAUUGAAGCAUCAGAUUGAGAGGCUAGAGAACGAUCUUAAAGAAAGCCAUCAUGAAAAGCAAUUGCUGAAAGAAAAGUUUGAAGUCAUGGAGACUGAUUUUAAUGGUUUACAAACUGAGUUCACAAAACGAUCUGAGGUAGAUAACAACUAUGACAAGGAAGUAAAUGAAAAACAAGAACGAGAGCGUUUGGCUUUAGCAUCUGCAAUGAGCCGAGAGAUUGAACUCCAAAACAGCAUGAAAUCUAUGAAGGAUCAAUACAACAAAAAAAUCGAGGAACUGACGUUUUCCUUAGACCAACAUAAAACUAAGAAUAUGGAGCUGGAGAGUAAUAUAGAAGGGUUUGAAGCUAAUGAAAAACAACUUAAGAGCAUUAUCGACGUUAAAUCUAUGGAUCUCAUAAAACUACAACAACGCACUGCUGUGUUAGAAACUGAAAACGUACAAAUUUCAGAAAUGUGUAGUCAAUUGAAUCAAGAAGAUCAUAACAAAAGUCAGCGCAUAGAAGAGAUUACUAAUCUUUUGAAAAUCAAAUGUGAUAAAUUAUCCGAAUAUAAAACUAAACUCGAGUCAAUUAUCCCUGAAUAUGAAAUGCUUAAAGAGCAGAUUAAAGAAAGGAAGCAAUACGUUGAUAAGUAUAAAAAGGAAUAUGAAGAUCUCAAGGAAAAAUCUGAGAAAGAAUCAAAUCUCAUUAAAGACAAGCUUAGUGAUGAAGAAAUAAAAUCAAGUAGUUUGAGCGUUCAACUUGCAGAUCUAAAUAAGAAGAACAAAGUCAUUCUAUCAGAAUUAGAGGAAAUGAAAAAUAGAUGUGAAGAGCUGGAAAAAUCAAAUGAUAAAUUAUUGAGGAAAGUGCGAAACAGUACAAGCAACUCUAGAGUUGAGGCUCAAAUAGAAGACUUGAAGGAUCAGAACGCAAUGUUACAAAAAAAUGCAGAGGGUGCAAGUAAUAGAAUAACUGAAUUACAAGAAAGUAAGAAUCUGGUUACCAGAGACCUUGUUUCGUUGCGAGGAAAAUAUGAUAGUUUGUUGGAAGAGAAAAAUGAAUUGGAAAAAAUCGUUGGAAUUAAUAGAGCAAAGCUGAGUUCAUCUGAUGAAGGUUACAAGAAGUUACAAGAAAAAUUUCAAGCUGAAUUGCAAGAGAAGAAUAAAAUUGCCUUGGAGUUGGAAGCUACAAAAUUAUCUAUAACGCAGAAAGAAAAACAAUUAGUAACUGCUCAACAAGACAUAGAACGACUGAGACGUGAGAACAAAGAACUCGAUGAGGAAAUGGAAGAGCUAUCUGCAGAGAUUCAAGAAAGAAUUGCCACUAAUACGAAGCUAGAAGCCCAACUUUACGAAAUGAUGGAUAAUGCAAAACACACAUCCAAUUAUUCUGGUGAUAAUGCUGUAGUACAGAACGAGAAGAAUGAUCCUGAAGUGGAAAUACUUAUUGAGCAAAAUAAAGAACUCAGAGAGACAUCUGUAACUUUAACAAAAACUAUAGAUAUUUUAAAGAAGGAAAAUGCAGAGCUCAAAGUUAAAAUUACAGAAUUGGAAUCCAAACGAGAGUCACGAAGUUGUGGCAGUUCAAGAAGUUCUAGUCCAAUGCUUGAAAAUAACAGAAGAAAACAGCGUCGAAGUGACCUUUACAAUCAAGGUAGACCACUUGAUGAAAUACAUGUGUCAUCCGAUACAACUUCUACUGAGUGCAGAUGUAGCUCAUUAGCCCAAAAAGUUCGUGAGCUUGAGCUGGAUAUUGUCUCUAAGAAUGGAAAAAUAGCAACAUUAGAACUACAAAUACAAAGUCAGAAUUUCCCGUACCAGAAAAAAUGUAAAGAGUUAGAGGAGAAUCUGUGGGCUUUUAAAAAUAAGAAUACAAUUUUGAAGGCAGAUGUAAUAAGACUUCAAAGAGCUAUAUCUAUGACGAGUAUUACUGAAUGUGAAAUAUGCAGAAGGCGACAGACCAAUAAAAGGGACCAAUCUACGCAAUGUUUACCAGAACAAAAAACAUUCCUUAGUGGCACAAGCAGCGGCAUUCUUGACGAUGCUGCUAAGAUCCACAAACUAGAGAAAGAAAAGGCUCUGAUGAGAGAUCUCUGCCGAGCUCGGACACGACAAAUAAGAGAACUUCAGAAACAGGUAUCUGAUUAUGAGACAAUACUAUCAGAGAAAUAUCACGCUGGUGGUACAACUCUGGACAGGGAAAAAAUUAAAGACAUCGAGAGUGUCAAAUCUUUGACGUAUCGAGACAAAUCACAAAUAUUUGGAGAGAAUACAAAGCGUGCAAUGAAAGAAAACCUGUCCUCAAAUAUUUUGGAUUCAUCAAUGAUCUCGUCAAACCGAAAUCGAAGCAAAUGGCGUCAUUAUCCAUAGAUAGACUAUACUAUUUUUCUUUUGCGUUUGACAGGACGUCAGUAUAUACCGUACUGAGAGAAUGUUAUUUAUUUUCAUAAUGUGUGUUGACUAGAGCCUUUGAAAUUUCCAUAAGGUUUUUUCCAUCUCAUUGAGAGUUUGGUGCAUUAAUUAAUUAUUUUAUGGAGUAUUAUAGCUUUAACUUAGAAUAAGAGUGAUGUGUAAUUUUCAACUGAACAAUGUUUAACUGUUACUUACCCCGUGA